CGUUCAGGGACCCAACCUGUUGUCUGCUCCGUUUCCCGUCGGAUGAGGGACAGACAGACACCCCCCAAAAAACAAACACGCGCGCGAUCAGCCUUAUCACACACGCCGACCCCUGCCAGUUGCCCCCCGGUAACCUAAAUAACGCAGGUUCGGGCCUAUUCCUUGUUAGUACAUCAUCUGGUUGAGCGCUAAGUUUGAUAGAUGAUUUCUCUUGGGACUUGGAGAUGCGCGUAAACAUACGCCUACAGAGCGAGCGUGCAGAAAUAAGUAAAAACGUGCUUGCAUUGGGCCUAAUGAAGUGAGCUUCAGAGCUGAUACUAGAGCACUUUAUUUCGGUUUUAGUAAUGUCUUCAGUCGACACAGGCACCGAUCUUCUUGGAUGGGAGAAUAACGUGUGAUGAAAUACAUACAGGCAGCAUCAUGAGCCUCAUGCAUCACUUUACGUCAUAAAAUGGGAGUACCGCUGACUCCCACCUCCUCCUCCUCCUCCCUGCGUCACCGGUAGGAGAGGUCAAGAAAAAAGUUUGGAGACGGAGUUGACAUUCAAAAUGCACACUUCACUCAAGAUCAACCCGCUCCACCAAACUAAUACUUAAAGCCAGUAAAUAUUACCAGGAAGAGGAGGGAGGUUGUUGACAUCGUUUUGCUGCCUCCAUAUGACAGGUUAAUAGCUUUACUCUGAGUCCUUGGCAAUGUUUCCCAGCCCCAGCACGUCCACUCCCUUCUCUGUAAAGGAUAUAUUAAACCUGGAGCAGAGUGAUGACAUGAUGGUGUCUUCUCUGGACUACUGCACCGUGCCCACCUCAUCCUCCUCAUCCUGCAUGCUGGCCCGCCUCAAGCAGGAGCCUCUCCGCAACAUGUCGUCCGCAGACGCCGCCUCGCUGUUUGGAGAAGAGCCGCACGAGUCCAGAGCGGCCAGAGGCAACGCGCUCGGCUACACCAGCACCUUCUACGGGAAAUCCCUGAUGGAGAUGGAUUUGGGAAAAGAGGGGAAAUCAGAGUCUUUAGAGGGGAAACGCAGGAAAGAGGAGUUCAGUCCUCCUGUGGAGCCCGUGGAGGACGUGAAAAACGAGGACUCGGAGCGGCCCAAGCCCCGCAGACGCAGGAAGCCGCGGGUCCUCUUCUCCCAGGCGCAGGUGUACGAGCUGGAGCGCCGCUUCAAGCAGCAGCGGUACCUGUCGGCUCCGGAGAGGGACCACCUGGCCGGGGUGCUCAAACUCACCCCGACCCAGGUCAAGAUCUGGUUCCAGAACCGACGGUACAAGUGCAAGCGGCAGAGGCAGGACCAGAGCCUGGAGAUGGUGUCGCUGCCGCCGCCCAGGAGAGUGUCGGUGCCGGUUCUGGUGCGGGACGGGAAGCCGUGCCUGGCGGCAGACGCGGCCGCCUACAACCCGUCCUACAGCAUGGGCCACAUAAACCACUUCACCUACAACAACUACCCAGCGUUCAGUAACUACACCGGCACCGGCUGCAACACGAACUACGCGUGUAACUAUCCCGCAGCCACGAUGCAGGGAUCCUCCACUAACGGGAAUUACAUGAACUUCGGGGUAGGAGACCUGAAUCACGUCCAAAACACCUUUUCCUCCAGUAAUGGUGUGUCGUCAUUACACGGCAUUAGGACUUGGUGAACAAGAGACGCUGCAUUAAUCACCCGUGUCAGUUUAACGGGAUCAUUUUGGCUGCAUGCAUUUUUAAACGAGUCAACACUUUGAGUUUGAGAAACUUCUUUCGUGUUUAAUACUUUGCUUUAAAUAGUUUUUCGUUUUCAAGGCCGGUGAAACCGCAGGAAUAUUUUUUUUUCAUUUAUUUGACUGAUAAUAGCGCAUAGACAUAAUAAUAAUAAUAAUAAUAAUAAUAAUAAUAAUAAUAAUAAUAAUAAUAAUAAUAAUAAUAAUAAUAAUAAUAAUAAUAAUAAUAAUAACUAUUUUAUUUAUAUUAGUUAACAAUUUCUUAUUGUUAUUGGAAUUGGUACUUACAAAAAUUGUAUAAGACUGUUUUUUAAACAGUGUAAUCAUUUAUUAUUAUUAAUUAAUAUUAGAGCAUGCAAUUUAUUACCUCGUCAUUGGCCAAAGCCAAUAGUGCAUAAAUUUCAUGUCUUCAUUAACACUUAGUUAAACAAAGAGAUGAAGUAAUAGUAUAAUAGAAGUGGUCUGUACUAAUGAAUUUAAAUAAACCCAGUUGAACUGGUUUGAUUGUGGAUCCACAUGCAGGAGCGUAACAUGCGGACAAACCUCAUAUGGUUUGUGUCUGGGGAAAACGUUUAAGUGGCUAUUAGGAAGCUUCCUUCAAGGCGCUGCAGCAGGUUAAAGGUUGUUCAAACUUUAGGCUUUUUACAACCUGCUGUCAGCCACAUGUGCACUACACACGCAUGUUAAAGGUUGCUGAGACAGAGGUAGCUGAGUGAGCCGUGACCUUGACCUGCAGUAAAACUUACAAUAAGCAAGUCAUGUUUCUCUCUGGUCUACUGCAUACAUUUAUUUUUUAUUAACUGUGUUGUGUGUGCACGAGUAAUCUGUCAAAAUACAUUGUGAAAGUUACUAAACUGUCCUUUGUAUUUGUACUCAUGAAAACAAACUCCUGUGGUUACCCGAUAUUUAUCUAUUCUUGAACA